AUGGCAGAUGAGAUUGUACCCAUUACUUUGGGUUGGUGGGAGGAUUAUAAGUCUGCUUGGUUGACAUCACGUACCAAACCUCCAACACAAGUAAAUAUAAAGUGGUCGAGACCACCACCUGGGUGUGUGAAAUUGAAUGUGGAUGUUGCCUUCGAUCUGCAUACUGGAGCUACUAAAAUUGAUGGAGUAUUUCGCGAUUACUUGGGACAGUGUUUAGGAGCAUUUUCUUUGGCUCUUGGCAAUACAAGCUCUGCCCGGCAUGGGGAGCUAUUAGCCCUAUUGGAAGGGGUGAGAGUCGCCUCUCAGAAGAAACUGUAUCCCUUGUUGGUUGAAACUAAUUGUCAUGUAUUGGUGACUGCACUUCAUGAUGAUUCCUUGAGUUGGUCAAAUCUUAGCUUUCUUUUAUCAAACCUUAAAGAAGCUUUAGCUCUCCUUCGAUUCCCUCAGCGGUAG